AUGCGCAUACAGUCACGUGUUGAUUGGAAUGACAGGUCUGUUCUGCACCCGUGGCAGUCCCUUGAACAGCCGAUAAGUUAUAGUGGCAACCGUGUGGACUCAAUCCGAGGUGUUGACGGAGCGGUAGAGCCAAGCUCAACCGAAGACAGCGUUAUUCUUCGUGUUGGACUGGCAGCUAAGCAACACAUCCGAGCCGCAGCUUGGACUGCUCUUGGCUCCCUCCCUCUUCCAAAAAGACCACCGCCUGAUGUUCUAUUUAAGCGCUCAACAUGGACAACUUGGGCAACUUCACAUGCUGAUGUCACUCAAAGGCAGGUUCUUGAUCUUGCCACUGCCGUGAUAGACAACGGGUUCAUCCCAGGUGUGCUUGAGAUUGAUGAUCGAUGGCAGUCACGUUAUGGUGACCUCGAAUUCGAUCCCGAGAAGUUCCCCAAUCCGAAGAAAUUAGUCGACGAUCUCCAUGACCUUGGAUUCUUAGUCACCGUGUGGGUCAUGCCAUUUCUGCAGGAGGGCUCGGUAGCUUAUGAGGAGGCCCGCGAUCGUGGAUAUAUUGUGGCAGGAAAUGAACCCCCCUCAGUGCGAUGGUGGGGCACUCAGCCUGUCUGGGUACUAGAUCUCACUAACGAAAUGGCCGUGGAUUGGUUCGUUACACGUUUGAAACGUUUGCAAGAUACAAUGGGUAUCGAUGGAUUCAAGUUUGACGCUGGAGAGCCAUGUUUUAUGCCCAGGGGGGCAGUAACAACUCGCCCUCUUCAGCAUCCAGGAGAAUACACACAGAUAUGGGUUAACGAAGUUGCCUCUCGCUUCCCAAUAUCUGAAGUUCGAAGUGCAUAUUUUACCACUGGAUAUUCCGGUCUGGUGCGGAUGGGCGAUCGAGAUUCGGUGUGGGGACUUGAUAAUGGGUUGCAAUCUUUGAUACCUGCAUUGCUAACGUCGUCUGUCUUGGGGUAUCAUUUUUGCUUGCCUGAUAUGGUUGGCGGAAAUGCAUACUGGGGCCAAUAUCCAGACACUGAACUCAUCGUCCGGUGGGCGCAGGUUAGUAUCAUGAUGCCAUCUGUACAAUGGUCAAUCCCCCCAUGGGAUAUAAGUGACACGGCCAGAACACUCUGUCUGGCGGCGGAACACGAUCGUGAAAAGGUUUUAUUACCGCGACUUUUACAACUCGCCGUCGAAGCCUCUACUUCGCUAGCGCCCAUUUGCCGUCCGCUUUGGUGGUUAGAUCCAUUGGAUAAGGAAACUUACGCCAUUGACGAUCAAUUUGCAGUAGGCGAUGAUAUCAUCGUCGCUCCCGUAGUUGAAAAAGGUGCGCGCUGGAGGAGGCUUUACUUGCCGAUCGGUGAGUGGGUCGAGUGGGACCGUGAUGUGCACGACAUCAUCGAAAAGUGCAAUAGAUAUUGUGACGCACCGAACACUUUUCUUGGACCAUGUUGGAUUACCGUUGAUGCCCCACUUGAAAAGCUCCCAAUUUUCAUCAAACUGGACAAAAGCUUAUGGGAUUGAUAG